AUGGACACUACCCACGAAGAAGAGAAAGAUGUCUCUACUCUCUCCUUGCGAGAGUAUGUCAAGCACCGUCUUAUGGACGACAUGCUGGCCAAAGUAAAACGAGUCGAAAGAGCCAACAAUUACUAUCUGAUCUUGGUCAUGGAUAAACAUACUCGGAAGCUUUUUGCCGAUGUAUGUAGCUUAUUUGAAAUAAUGACCAAAAAUGUCUUCCAACUUGAAAAUUUAGAGCUUCAAAGAAAAUAAAUUCCCAAGCACAGCUGCUAUAUACUUCAUCAGUCCCACUGAGAGCUCUAUUAAGAAGCUUUUAGAGGAUUAUGAGGACCCAAAAGAGCCUCAAUAUGCCAGUGCACAUGUGUUUUUAUCAACUAAACUAUCAGAUUCUUUGAUGGAUGAAUUAAGCAGGAGCCAAGGUCUAAUAUCUUCAAUAAAGACACUUACUGAAUUAAAUGUAGAUAUUAACCUCUAUGAGAACAAUAUCUUUCACUUGGACCAGUCUGACUCAUUAAAUUUGCAAAUUAGAGAUCCUGAUCUAGAAGGAACUGCUCAGUAUUUGGACCAAAUAGGUCUCCAACUGUUUACAGUCUGAAGUGUAAUGAAUCAGAGGCCCUACAUUCGGUACCAAGGAGAUUCUCAUUUAUCAAAGAAAGUAGCUAAGGCUGUGAAUGCUAAAUUUACGUUCAAAACUCAAACAUUUCAGAAACAAAAAGGGACUCUGCUGAUCCUUGACCGCUCAUUUGACUUAACUUCACCUUUACUUCACGAUUAUUCCUACGAAUGAUUAGUCUACGAAAAUGUAACCAGUCCUGAAGGAGCUGACAGGAUAGGCACUGAAGAACAAAAAUGUUCGAAAUCAGGAAGAACAGAGAAGAUUUUGAGUGAGCAAGACCAUGUCUGGUCCCAGUACAAAUCUGAACACUUCGCUAGCGCUAUGAUUUCGAUAAAUGAAGAAGUAGAUGCUUUCAUACAUGAGAACAAAUAAUAUCGGUGAUCUUAAGAGAGGAAACCAGCUGGAAGUUACUGACCUGAAAGAUGUGAUUUCUGCCAUGCCUAAAUACCAAGAAUUGCUCUCUAUUUACUCGAAGCACCUCAACCUGUGUCAAUUCGUUGACAAAAACUUAAAAGCAAGAAAACUGAUAGACCUGAUCAGAGUUGAGCAGCUCAUAAUUUCAGGCCUCACCGAUAAAGGAUCUGAAGUGUCAAAUAGGCAGAUUAUCAAGGAAAUCAACAAAAUUUAUAAAGAGCUUCACCCUGAGGACCACCUCAGGCUGAUCCUGCUCUAUCUCGUUUGUUAUGAGAUCUCUGGUAAGGAUGCCAAAAGUCUCUUCAGCACUCUUGACCAUUAUGGUCAAGAGACUUGAGAGAAUCUCAAGGAGAUCUUUGGUCCAUCUCAUUCAGGACUCAUUCGGAGAAGAGUUCCUGUCAUGGACUCUGAUGAAUUCAGAGAUUACCAAGAUAAGUUGGCUAACACAGAUUAUGAAAUACUCAAAUCAACACCAACAAUUACUUCGCUGGCCAAACUGGCUAGCGAGGAUAGCCUUGAUGUUGAGGAUUUUCCAUAUAUCGGUCCUCAGCCAUCCAAUGGGAAACCUGGGAAAUCUAAGAAAGAAGCUCGACUGAAGUUCAAAGACCGGAAUCGUUGGAGGAAUAAACGGAAAAAGAAGUUAUCCUCCUGAGAGAAUAAGUUAAUCAUAUUCAUCAUAGGGGGUAUCUCUCAUCAUGAGCUUGUUGCUUUAAAUAAGCUACAAAGUGAUCAUGAGGUGGACUGUACCAUUAUUCCUGGAGGGAACAUGGUGUUCUCUCCCAAAGAGUUCAUCAAGCAGCUACAUGAUUUAUCAGAUGAUGAUCAUGUAAAGCAUGCUUACCUCGAAAUUGAAGAGAAUAGCGUAGUGGGCAUUGACCAAGUCGAGGUAGACAUGACCGAGAUCCAAUUCAAAUAA